UUUUUAUGAAAAAAAGGAGGUGGAAAUUGAAAGGCUUCAUUUCCAUAAAAAAAUAAUAAUUAUUUUUAUCUCUCUCUCUCUCUCUCUGUUUGCAGCAACGCAUAUAUAUAUAUAUAUAACGCCCCGAACAGAGGUAGAGUUCGUACCUGUGUGAGACUCUGAGCUCUUCUCUCCCUCUCUCUGAUUGAUUUUCCGGGGAUCGGAAUCUGGGUUUGCGGCGGCAAUGUCGGCGGCGUUGUUGUCAGAUCUCGGGACGGAGAUUGCCAUUCCGGCGUGCGCCGUUGUCGGAAUUUUGUUCGCGCUGGUGCAAUGGGUGCUCGUUGCCCGCGUGAACCUCUCGCCGGGGAGGGAUUCGCCGGCGGGCUCUGCCAAGAACGGCUACAGCGAGAGUCUGAUCGAGGAGGAGGAAGGGCUCAAUGACCACAACGUGGUUAUGAAAUGCGCCGAGAUACAGAACGCCAUCUCUGAAGGAGCAACCUCUUUCCUUUUCACUGAAUACCAAUAUGUUGGAAUUUUCAUGGCUGCUUUUGCACUUUUGAUCUUCCUUUUCCUUGGUUCUGUGGAGGGAUUUAGCACGAAGAGCCAGCCGUGCAGUUAUGACAAGACCAAGAUGUGCAAGCCUGCUCUAGGCACUGCUAUCUUCAGCACCGUUUCCUUUGUGCUUGGUGCUGUCACCUCAGUGGUUUCUGGCUUCCUUGGGAUGAAAAUUGCUACCUAUGCAAAUGCUAGAACUACCUUGGAGGCAAGAAAGGGUGUUGGAAAGGCUUUUAUCACUGCAUUUAGAUCUGGUGCAGUCAUGGGUUUCCUUCUUGCUGCAAAUGGUCUUUUGGUGCUUUACAUUACCAUCAACCUCUUCAAGCUGUAUUAUGGUGAUGACUGGCAAGGUCUUUUUGAGGCAAUAACUGGUUAUGGUCUUGGUGGAUCUUCCAUGGCCCUCUUUGGCAGAGUUGGUGGGGGUAUCUAUACAAAAGCUGCUGAUGUUGGUGCUGACCUUGUUGGCAAGGUUGAAAGGAACAUUCCUGAGGAUGACCCAAGAAAUCCAGCUGUGAUUGCUGACAAUGUUGGUGACAACGUUGGGGAUAUUGCUGGUAUGGGAUCAGAUCUUUUCGGCUCAUAUGCUGAAUCAUCCUGUGCUGCCCUUGUUGUUGCCUCCAUUUCGUCUUUUGGCAUCAACCAUGAUUUUACUGCAAUGUGCUAUCCGCUCUUAGUCAGUUCAAUGGGUAUCAUUAUUUGUUUGAUCACCACUUUAUUUGCGACUGAUUUCUUUGAGAUCAAGGCUGUGAAAGAAAUUGAGCCAGCAUUGAAGAAGCAACUCAUCAUUUCCACCAUUUUGAUGACUGCUGGUAUUGCAAUUGUUAGUUGGAUUGCCCUUCCAUCAUCCUUCACCAUUUUUAAUUUUGGAACCCAGAAGGUUGUGAAGAACUGGCAGUUGUUCUUAUGUGUUGGUGUUGGUCUGUGGGCUGGGCUUAUUAUUGGAUUUGUGACUGAGUACUACACUAGCAAUGCAUACAGUCCUGUGCAAGAUGUUGCUGAUUCCUGCCGAACAGGGGCUGCUACUAAUGUUAUUUUUGGCCUUGCUUUGGGAUACAAAUCUGUCAUUAUUCCUAUCUUUGCAAUUGCUGCCAGCAUUUUUGUUAGUUUCAGCUUUGCUGCUAUGUAUGGUAUUGCAGUAGCUGCCCUUGGGAUGCUAAGCACCAUUGCCACUGGAUUGGCCAUUGAUGCAUAUGGUCCCAUCAGUGACAAUGCUGGAGGGAUUGCUGAGAUGGCUGGUAUGAGCCACAGAAUCCGGGAGAGAACUGAUGCCCUAGAUGCCGCUGGGAACACUACAGCUGCUAUUGGAAAGGGAUUUGCAAUUGGGUCUGCAGCUCUUGUGUCCCUUGCCCUAUUUGGUGCUUUUGUUAGUCGUGCAAAUAUCUCAACUGUGGAUGUGUUGACUCCAAAGGUUUUCAUUGGUUUGCUUGUGGGUGCAAUGCUUCCUUACUGGUUCUCUGCCAUGACAAUGAAGAGUGUGGGAAGUGCGGCUCUAAAGAUGGUUGAGGAAGUGCGCAGGCAAUUUAACAACAUCCCUGGUCUCAUGGAAGGAACUGCCAAGCCUGACUAUGCUACCUGUGUUAAGAUCUCUACAGAUGCCUCUAUCAAGGAGAUGAUUCCACCUGGUGCCCUUGUCAUGCUUACACCUCUCAUUGUUGGAAUAUUUUUUGGUGUGGAAACUUUGUCUGGUGUCCUUGCUGGAUCGCUCGUAUCUGGUGUGCAGAUUGCCAUAUCUGCAUCCAACACUGGUGGUGCUUGGGAUAAUGCCAAGAAGUAUAUUGAGGCUGGAGCUUCCGAGCACGCGAGGUCCCUUGGUCCAAAAGGAUCAGACCCACACAAGGCGGCCGUGAUCGGUGACACCAUUGGAGACCCUCUCAAGGACACCUCUGGACCGUCGCUCAACAUCCUCAUCAAGUUAAUGGCUGUUGAAUCGCUUGUGUUUGCUCCCUUCUUUGCCACACACGGUGGCCUGCUCUUCAAAAUUUUCAAAUGAGCCAGACAACUGCUGCAGAUGUUGAGCCACUAGGAUUCCUGUUCCUCUUCCCUGCACUCUCAUCCCAAUUUUCUUGUUUUUUUCUCCCCUUCCUCUGCUGUUUAUUAUUCAUUUUAUCAAAGACAUAAGUUUAGUGGUUGCCAAUUUUUGAAAAUGCAUUCCUCAAGGAAGGGAGAGCAGGGAAACUUUCCUCCUGGGAUUGGUGAAGAAGGAAGAAGAUGAUGUGAUAAUGAAUGACUAGUGAAGAGCAAAAAGUUGGUCAGCAACCUCAAAUUCUUUUUCCUUUCCUAGUGACGACAGGUUCUUGUCCAUUUUCUCAUAAACUUCGAUAGCUCUGCCCAAUUGUAGGGUUAACAUCAUGAAUGAUUUGUUUUUUUUAAUUAAUUUGUUUUCCUGCAGAGUUGCAAGUUUGUGUUAUGGUCGGCAAAUGUCAACGCUUUGAACAUUAAAUCAAAAAGUUCGAGUUUAUGCCGUC